CCUCCCCCAUCCCCUCCCCCUUCCCCUCCCCCCGCAGAUUUUGGGGUGAAUUCUCCAGAUUUUGGGAUUUUGGCCGAGCCGAGGCUGGAGGAGCUCGGCCUGGGCGCCUCCACCCCCGUGGGAAUGAUCCAGAACCUUCUGGAAUUUCUGCACCUGGAGCUGGGACUGCCCUGGUGGGCCAGCAUCGCUACAGGCACUGUUGGCGCCAGGAUCCUCCUGCUGCCCCUGGUGCUGCGGGGUCAGCGCGAGGCCGCCCGGCUCUCCCGGCACCUCCCGCACCUGCAGCGCCUCUCCCAGCGCGUCAGCGAGGCCAGGAGGGGCACAGACCCCAACCAGGUGGCCGUGGCUUACUCGGAGUUGGUGGCGUACCAGCGGCGCCACGACGUCAAUCCGCUCCGCGGUUUCCUGGUGCCCCUCGUGCAGACCCCCCUUUUUGUGUCGUUUUUCCUGGCUCUGCAGGGCAUGGCGGCGGCGCCGGUGCCGGGUUUGCUGCGGGGGGGGUUGGCGUGGUUCCCCAACCUGGCGGCUCCCGACCCGCUCUACGCGCUGCCCCUGCUCGUCACCGCCUCCACCUGGCUCGUGCUCGAGCUCGGGGCUGAGACGGGCGUGGCCGCGCCGGGGGCGGGGCCUAUGCGACAAAUCCUGAGGCUCCUCCCCCUGGUGUUCCUGCCAUUCAUCAUCCACUUCCCAACCGCCGUCUUCACCUAUUGGCUGACGUCCAACUGCUUCAGCCUAUUGCAGACGGGGCUGCUGCGAGUCCCCGCCCUCCGCGCCAAAUUGGGCGUGGCCCCGCCCCUUGACCCCGCCCAGGCCACGCCCACCGGCCCCGCCCCUCCCGCCAAGGGGGGGAUCCUCAAACAGCUGAAAAAAGAGUGGCGCGAGGCCCAGGCCACGCACGAGGCCGAGCAGCGCCGGUGGCGCCUCAAGAACCACCUCAACCUGGCGGCCAAAGGCCCGCUCCGUCAAACUUUCGCCCAAAAUCCCCUCAGCCCUCCCGGGACCAGGCCGGCCCCUCCCUCAGAGAGCCCAAAACGGCCCUGGAAGGACACGCUGGGCUGAGGGCGGGGAGGGGAGACCUCAAAAAUAAAAUUUAUCCAAAUAAAUAAA